GAGGCGCCGUGCUGUGCAGCGAUGUGAUCAAGAAGGGUUCCAACCAUAUUAAAAAUAAAUCAUUCAGUAAUAAAUGUAGAAACACUGAGGCAGAAUAUCGAUCAUGUUCCUGUCGGGCGUGUGAGAUCAUCAUGAUGAGGAAGAGGCAGCGAGUCGGAAGAGACGACCCGAGAGAGGAAGAACAUGUGACCACAUCCUGACAACACACACACACACACACACACACACACACACACACUCAGUCAGAGUCAGUCAGUCGUGGUCGAUGAUGUUUCAGAUCAUCAGACUCUCAUGAAGAACGCACAACCUGCUGCACACACACACGAACAUGCUCACAAACACACCUGAGCUCUGUGUUUAGCUGUGUGUGACAUCAUGUCUGACAUGUGGUCAUUCUCCUCGUCCUCUCCUCCUCCCAUGAUGCAUCACUCCUCCCUGUCCCAGUCAGCUCCUUUCAUCUCCUCCCCCUCGUCAGACGGAAACCAUGGAAACCAUCUCAGCGCCAAGUUACCUUCCUAUCACCUCAUACCUCAGAACCAAGUAUCCUCACCUCACAUCCCCGAGUCUCCUCACCAUCACCUCCCUCCUCAGGUGACCUCCCCUCACAUCGUACCUGAGACCCAGGUGACCUCCCCUCACCUCUUCUAUCAGCCCCAACAAACCUCCCCUCACUGUGGGCCCUGGUCCCAGGUGACCUCCCCUCACCUCCCACAUCCCUACGUUCCCUCCCCCAACCUGUUUCCCCAGCCUCAGGUGACCUCCCCUCACUUUGCACCCCAGCCUCAGGUGACCUCCCCUCACUUUGCACCCCAGCCUCAGGUGACCUCCCCUCACUUUGCACCCCAGCCUCAGGUGAGCCUCCCUCCCCUCCUCUCCCCGCCCCUGCAGCACCUCCCCAACCAAAAUCCAGAUCCAAAUUUAGAGGAUCCAACCUGGAGCGGAGCUGAUCUUUCCUACAGUUGCUCCUAUCAGAACCAGACCACAGCCCACCUGGAUGUCCAUCUCCAGAACCAGUUCAGUACUGGAGUCACCCACCACACAGACCUCUCCAUUGGCUCAUAUGAGCAGAGUGACACACCUGGUCUAGUCCGGGACACCUGGAGGUGUCUCGGGCCGAAUCGGCACCAGCUGCAGUGCUCUCCGCUGGGCUCCAUGUCCGCAGAAGUCGCCCUGGGAAGAUGGAGCUCUGACUUCAGCUCGUCUCCUGCUGAAGACUCCUCCAGCGUCCAGUUUUUCCACAACAACACCCCGCAGCCCUUCUGUAGCCCCAACACUCCUGGUCCGAGUCCUCAUUACCCACAAACCCCGACUAUCUCCAGUCCGGGUCCUCACGUACACCCCAGGGAGGAGAGACUGGAUCUCCAUGUACAAACAUCCGGACAGCUGAGCAGAGAUAAAACCCUCAGCUGCUGUCUGCAGGACUGUGACGGCUACCAGAUGAUCUCCGACCAGCACCUCCUCCAGAGCCAAAGUGAGCUGAUCCAGCACCAAACGGGCCUCCACAACACGGCAGGAAACCAAGACAGCCAUUUCUCUCCACAGGGAGGAGGCCAAGACGUCAGCAGCUGCACCAAGACUUCAGGCCUUCCUGCUGGGCUGAGCUGGAGAGAAGAGAGUGGAGGAGGAGGAGGAGGACGAGGAAGAGGAAGAGGAAGAGGAAGAGGAGGACGGAGAGGAGGAGGAGCAGGUCAACCCGACUGGAACUGGAUCAAACAACCAAAAAACAGCACAGAAGUCCUCGACAGCAGGUUGAUGUGUACGGUGUGUAAACGAGAUUUCAGGAGUCUGCCGGCGUUGAACGGACACAUGCGCUCCCACAGCGGCUCCAGACCGGCUGCCUGGCUGAACAAGGUCGAGGACUCCUCCCCACUGGUCCCACAGCCCGUCUCCUUGGUAAUGCCCGUCACCGUGCCCGUCCAAUCAGGAGGCCCGGUGAAGGUGAGCAGGAGCACACAGAGGAGACUCAGGCGCCUCUCUCCAGCUGGCGGACGCUCCGUGCUCUACCGCAGCCUGCUGCACCGAGACGAGGAGGAGGAGGAGGAGGGUGGAGGCGCACACUACACCCCUCCACCCAUGCUGUGCCCCCUCAGGGCGGGGCCGGGGUUGUACUGCUCGCUCACCACCAGGAGGCAGCAGAGGGUCCAGACUGUGCAGCUCCACAACACACACAAUGGACUCAAUGAUCUGGUUGCCAUGGAGACGGCCUCUCCACCUCCUGGGAUCAAUAAGCCGCGGAUCAACGUAGGGCGGGGCUUCCAGGCUGAAAUCCCGCCCCUACAAAGGUGUAAAUAUGCCCACUCAGACUCCCACAAUGCACUGCUGCUGUGGACGCCAUGCGAGGAGCUGGAGCGUCCUGUCAAUCAGCUGAGAGUUGAAGCCCUGCUGACAAUGGUUCGCUCCAGCGUGGUGCCAGGGGGCGGGGCCAGCCCAGAGUCGGCCCUCCACGUCCUAUCAGAGUGUAGAGGAGACUUCCUGCUGACGGUCGCGAAGCUGCUUUCAACCCCUGAAACCUCCGACAACAGCCGGGACGCCGAUCAACAGUGUCCAAGCUGGAGUGCAGCAGAGAGGAGGUCCAUGAUUAAAUCACUGCAGCUUCAUCAGAAAGACUUCAGCAAGAUCCAGAAAGUGGUUCAGACCAAGUCCCUCUCCCAGUGUGUGGAGUUUUAUUAUCUGUGGAAGAAGAAGCUGAGUCUGAGCACGAGGACCCCGGCCGGACUGACCGUCACUCUGCCCGACACAAAUGGUCAAAGGUCGUCGAGAUCACAUGAUGCGUCAUGAACCAACGGACUGCUGGAGCUGCACACUACUUCUACUGCACAGAUCUCAAACCUGUUGUUGUUAUUAAGGCUGAAACUGUAAAACGUGUGAGGAGUUACUUUCAGGUUUAGUGUUGAAUCUCCUGAGUUGGUUCAUCAUCACCAGUUAUGUAUUUAUUGACAGUUUCCUGUUGUGAUAUCAGAAGACGAGCUGAACAUUAAAGAAAUCAUCUAGUGGACUGUCGUGUUUCUUUCCUCCAAUCACAGUCCUGCUGUGUUGUUAGCUGUUGCUCAGAGAACACUGCUGAUUGGUCAGACUGGCAGCGAGCAGCUCAGGUAUGUUGAUAUUAAUCCUCCGUCCUCUCUGCCUCCAGCUCUCAGAGCUUCACUUAAUACAGCCUGGACAAAGAAAAGGACAGAGAACAUGUCAGCUCUGUAGCUUAACGUCUUCACUUCACACCUCAACAUCUGAGACAAAGAUGUGAUUCUGGUGUCGUCAGACCGGGUCAGCCCACUGGGUCUUAAACGUCUGUUUGACCAACUGAAUCCUGUUUGUAUUUUCAGCAAGUGCUGACAGAUUUUCACUAAAGAAAGAAAGAAAACUGAGUGGAGUUUGGUGGAAAAGGCUCAUUUUAUUACAGUGUAUUUGACAGGUCUUGGUUGGUGUAUUAUUCCAGGUUGAACAGAACCAUGCUAACUGUUUACACUCAUUUCCAGUCUUUAUGCUAAGCUAAGCUAAGCUGAGUUAAGCUAACAAUGUCCAGCUCUGUAUUUAACACACAGAUAUGAAAAAGUCUGAACACCUCAGUCCUGAAAGUGACAACAGUGAUGAAAUGAAACUAAGUACAUUUACUCCAGUACUGGGCCUCAGUGCUCCAGUACUGGGCCUCAGCGCUCCAGUACUGGGCCUCAGCGCUCCAGUACUGGGCCUCAGCGCUCCAGUACUGGGCCUCAGUACUCCAGUACAGUACUGAGGUGUUUGUCCUGCUCCUCUCUGUUGACCCGGUGAGUCCGUGUUUACUCUACAGAACAAACACAAACUUCUCAAACUGAACUUCAGCCGGUCGACAACAAGCUGCUCCACAUUCUUCUUCUAAUCCUGCUCUGAGUGUUUUCUCCGUGGAGGCUCCUACAGCUUCCUGUCUGAACGGAGCUCCGGGCGAUAAUAAAGUUUGACUCCUCCUCGUUUCAAAGGUCCUCCUGCCCGAACACAAGGAGGUCCGAGGAGGAGGAGGAACAGUCCGACAGACGAGGAGGGACGAGGGAUGGGAGCGCAGGAGAAGGAGGAGGACGGAGCUCCUCCAGCCGCGAAGAAGCAGCAGAAAAGCUCCAAAGAAGUUUAUUUCUCCGUCCUGCCGGAUCAAUACGAACCUCUGAUCGAGGAGGAGGAGGAGGAGACGGCCGAGGAGAGGAGGAAGAGGAAGGAGGAGAAGAAGAGGAAGAAGAAGCAGCGCUGCAAAAAGUACCGGAAGAACUUGGGGAAGGCGCUGCGUUUCAGCUGGCGCUGCCUGAUGGCGGGUUUACAGAGCAUGGCCUCCGCCUACGCCACCCCGCUCUCUGCUGUGUCCACGGUUGUGACGGAGGUGAACCGGUCCAGCAGCAGCAGAGCAUGAUGGGACAUGGUGUCUGUUAUUCCUCCAUGAUGUGGAUGAGGACAACCAGGAGCACGGAGACGUCUGGAGGCAAAGUGUUCUGUUGUUGGUGAUAACGGAGGUGUUUUGUAACAGCUUAUCUCAUUAAAGGAUAAAAAAAUAACUUUUGUUAUAACUGAUGGAAUAAGUUUGUAUUAUAUAUACUGUAUAUAUAUAAUAAUGUGUUGACGUAUGUUUUCAUCAUCUCCUCACUUUGUGUCUGACAUGCUUAUUUUAUGUUUUAUAAGUUUUUAAUACAUAUGUAAGUCACUAUGUAAGAAUUGGCCACCUGUCACAUUCAAAACAUCAUUAAAUGCUAACUGUAGCUGCUCUGUUAGCCGUGCAGUUAGUUGACAAGCUAACAUUGUGAAAGCAGCGUCUGUAAAAUGGUGGAUAUAUUUGUUUUGAGUGUCACAACCUGAGCUGGAAAGUCAAGAUGAGCCGAAGGAAGCAGGCUCCACCUGCAGCGCUGGUUAGCAUGCUAGCAGAUGUCUCUGUAACACAGUGCGUAGACGUCAUAACUAUGAAAUAUUGUAUUUUCUGUUGUUUUCCAAGUGUUUUUAACUAUGACUCUGUUGUAUUGUUGUAACACUUCACAUGUGAACAUCUGGACUGUAGUUUAUCAAUUAAACUCACUUUGAACUGUGAA